AUGCCAACAGAUAAUCGCGAAAACGCCGAUGAUUCCUAUGUCACCCUGGAUAAUGGUGACAAUAUCCCGGUAGUGAAUGCGGUCAUGGGGAGAGCCCCGAAAUUUCUGUCAGAGAACAUGCCGGUAGUGGAAGGACGGCUGGGAGAACACAAGAUAACGGUGUUAAGGGACACCGGCUGCAACACCGUGGUUGUUCGCAAAGAACUAGUCCCUCAAGAGAACCUAACUGGAAAGUCGAGUCCAGUGUUUUUAUUAGAUCGAACAGUUCGGUACCUGCCGGAGGCGGUUAUUGUGAUACGAACGCCCUACUACACGGGAAAAAUAACGGCGAAGUGCGUCAGUAACCCCCUAUACGACUUGAUACUGGGAAACAUACCGCAAAUGCGUGAGGCUAAUGACCCUGACCCAGAAUGGGAAAAGAACAAUGAAGAAAAUCUCGGCGACUGCCUAGACGAGCCGAAGGAGAGAUACGAAACGUGUUCGAACGCCAUCGGAGUCAACGUGGGCUGUCGCAGGGCAAUGGAAGCAACCGAGAGCAUUGACGAGCUCCCGGAUGAGAAGCCAGCCGUAGCUGCGUCCGCGAGCGAGGGGAGAGAAGCUGGAAGACCAAUAAAAAAACUAGAACGCCCUCUGAAAGUCGCGCAGGUGUCAGUAACCGACACAACAGCCGAGGAACUCGGAAAGCAGCAGAAAGAGGACGCUACUCUUACGAAGUGUUUCAACGAUGUAGGGAAGACAACGAAGAAACACAAUUCCAGGACAAGGAUUCAGUUUCUGCUGAAGAACGACUUGCUAUACAGGAGCGUCGUAUACUCAUUCGGCAGAAGAUCAGAACAACUGGUUCUCCCAAAAAGGUUCAGGGCCGCUGCUGAAACUAUGGCACAUGACAGCGUUAUGUCCGGACACCAGGGGGCGAAGAACACCCUCAAUCUGGUGGCGGGAGAAUUCUUUUGGCCAUGUAUGCAAAGCGAAAUCAAAAGGUACGUUCGUUCGUGUGACGUGUGCCAACGCACUGUACCCAAAGGCAAGGUGGGCAAGGCCCCCUUAGGAAGCAUGCCAAUCAUCGAUACACUUUUUCAAAGAGUCGCUAUAGAUAUCAUCGGUCCUAUAGUGCCUAUCGCAAGCUCGGGGAACAGGUAUAUUCUUACAAUGGUUGACAUGGCCACGAGGUAUCCUGACGCAGUAGCGUUGAAGAGCAUUGGGUUUCAGCAGGUAGCCGAGGCGUUGGUUCAGAUGUUCACGCGGUAUGGAGUACCGGCAGAGAUCUUUAGCGAUCGCGGCACCAACUUUACCUGUGAGCUAAUGAGAGAGGUGAGCCGGCUUCUAUCGAUGAAGCAGCUCUUAACCACUCCCUAUCAUCCCAUCAGCAACGGGCUGGUCGAGAGGUUUAAUGGCACCAUCAAGCAGAUGCUAAGGAGGAUGUGCAAAGAAAGACCAAAGGAUUGGGAUAGAUAUCUCCCAGCUUUGCUUUUCGCCUACAGAGAGGUGCCCCAGGCUAGCCUCAGGUUCUCGCCAUUUGAACUGCUAUAUGAGAGAAGAGUACGAGGACCACUGGCCAUUCUCAAGGAGUUGUGGUCGAACGAAGCCCUGAAAGAAUACAUGAAGACGGCAUAUGAAUACAUCUUGGAACUAAGGGAAAAACUAGAGGAAACAUGCAAGCUGGCGCACGUGUGCCUGCAUGAAGCAAGGGAGAAGUAUAAGAAAUACUAUGACAGGAAGAGCUGCAACCGAAAUAUGAAGCAAGGAGACCUGGCGCUCAUUCUGCUCCCCACCGAUUUGAACAAGAUGAUCAUGCAAUGGAAAGGUCCCUUCCCCAUAAUCGCAAGAAAGAAUGAUGUGGAUUACGAGUUAGACGUAGGAGGAAAGAAAAAGGUGUAUCACAUCAAUAUGCUUAAAAGAUAUGAAGAAAGAGAAGGAAGUCAACAAGGCAGGUCGAGUCUGCUGACCUGUGACCUUCAACUGACUACGUCCCGACCAAUACAUGUGAAGCAGUACCCACUGCCGCUGUCGGUCCAGGAAACAGUCGAGCAAGAAAUCGACGAGAUGUUAGAGCUGGACGUGAUUGAGAGAUGUAACUCAUCAUACAACGCGCCAGUGGUAAUGUUGGGGGGUGUCAUGGUUCUGUGGAAGGAAGAACGUGAAGGACGAAGUGAGGGGUGCGAAAAAGGGUGCGUGAAGAGCACGAGCCGCGACGUUCGGCAGCUGCUUGAAGGAUCUGACCGGCUGUGUCCCGGUAUCGACAACCUGAACCAGAACCCGCCGCUACGCACGGUGUGA